GAUUUCCCCUUCUGGUACAGUGCAGUGAGCAUUGGGGCGGGUGCGUGUCACUCCACAUCUUCUCCCACGCACCCACACAUACAUUUUCAUAAAUAAGCAAACAACAGAAUUCGGUGUGCGUUUGCCGCCUGAAGGUUGGAUACACGUUCGUAAAGUCUUCGUGUUUUCUUUUGGAAUAUGAGUGACGCGGACGGCAGCGCAGCGGUGCACGGCGGCGUCAAACGCCAGCGCGAACGCGAUUUGGACGACAAACGUCAAGAUAAACGAGUCGAGGAUGUGUUGGCGCACACGACUCACAUCGUCGACGCCAUUGCGGGUGUGAACACAAACUACCUCCGCACCCUCAGCGAUGAGCGCGCACACUUGGCGGACCGCGUGGAGCAACUGCAGGCGCUGCACACCUCCGACCAGCUGCGGCAGAGCGAGACGACAACACAGCUCGUCUACCAUAAUCUGAAGUCACUCCGCGGUGCUGUCAGCCGCAACGUAAAAGACCGCUUUAUCGACCGGCUUCGCUCACAGGUGGAUCAGGGACAGUCGGAGGUGCUCGACGCGCUCGCCACGCACCUCGACGAUGUCUUGCAAGGGUCAUUGACGGUGGCCGACGCGCAGCUGUCUGCAGAGCGCCAGUUGAGCGCCACGCUGGUCGAGCAGCUGCGCACCUACGCUCAGACGCUGUUGGAGACGACGAAGGCAGCAAAUCAGCGCGCCUUCAGGGCAGAGGUCGAGGCGAUGCACAAGGACGUGCUGAUCGCCAAGCUCCGCUCUGCGCACUUGUUCGAACAGAAUCAGCUGCUGCGUCACGAGCACGAGGUGGACGCUUUAAUGCGCGUGGUGGCGCAAUUGGCGGAGAAGAGCCGUUUUGUGGAGUCUGCGCGCACGGAGCUGGUGCAGGCGAAGCGACACGUGCGCUGGCUGGAGCAGUACUUGGACUUGAACGGCAUCAUCGCCGCGGCUCAGCCUGAUACUUCAGAGGCAGGAAGCCGCGGUAGUCGAGGCGCCCCUCCUCCCUCGCCAAAUCCCGCGCUGCGGCAGAGCGCUCCGCACUACUUUGCGUUAAAGCUGUUGGAGCACAAGGAAAUGACACUGACAGAGCUGGUGGACUCCUGGCAAGGCCAAGAGCAGCGCCUUCACGAAGCGGAGCACCGCUACACCCAGAUGGAGGGUGUCGUGAAGCAAGUCCAGCACGAUGCCCUCGUCGUGCACCAACGCUACCUGGAGGAGAAGGAGCGACGCGAAAUUGCGGACAGGCGAAUUACGGACAUGGUGCGUGAGCGCCUCUACCCGCAGAAGAACGACAGCGUAUUUCAGGAAAUGCAACGCCUGCGAUGGGCCUACACAGAAGUUGUCGAUGACGCGGCGCAGCUCGCCGUGAACUUGAAGGUGUGCCGCGAGGAGCUGCAGGCGGCGCAGGCGGAGGGGACGCGGCUGGCGGCGCAGGUACGUCAGCUGAAACAGGAUGCCGAGACGGACCAGGUAGCGCUGACGAUACAGGAGCUACGCGGCGAGUACGCGGAGCGGGUUCGUGGGCUGGAGGAGGUGUCCGUGCGGGCGCAGCUGCAGCUCACCUUGGCACAACAGGUCUCGCGUCAGUACGGCAGUGUGGCCGCCGAGGCAACGGACGCUCUGCAGCGGGCUGCGCAGACAAAUGCCGAGCUCAGCGCAGUGCCGCCGGCGGUUGCGCGUGGAGGAAACUCCUGGCAACCCUCUGGAUGGCAGCAGGAGGUGCUGAAAGUGGAGGCGCAGGCCGAAAAGUUGGUGUCCCUGAGCACCGACAUCAAGACGUUUGAGUUGCAGCACGGCGAGCUGUAUGAGGCGCAAAUAGAAAAGCUGAUGGAGCAGUGGUUGCGUAUGCGUAACGAGGUGGCAGAGAAGUCGAAGAGCGCGGCUGCUGUCGACCGCACUGCAUCUAGCGGUCCUCAGAGUGCGUCGCACACCCUCGUCUCCUCCACUGCGCUCACUGAGGAGUCCGUCACGAAGAUGGCCAGCGUGAUGAACUCGUCGAAGACGGCUCUUCGCGAGGCACUCCUGCUGCUCGUGGCAUCGCUGCAGAGCACCGACGUGGAGCGGUCGAACCUGCUCGACGCCUCGCUCUCCGAUGCACAGUACGUGACGGAGCUGGUUAAGGAAGUCAGCGCAGUCACGAACGAGCGCGAUCGCCUGCGGGCGCAGGUGGCGGUGUGCCGCGAUCUGCUGGAGAAGAACCACGUGACGGUGGUGGAGCGGGCGCUGAUGCACGAUGUGCCGGUGGAGGACUCGCUGAACGUGGCGGAGGCGGCAGAGCGAAUCACCGUGCUGCGCGAUCAACUCGCCGCGGCGAAGCAGCUGUGCGAUCGGUCGCUGAAUGAGGCGAAGCAGGUGACGAACGAAAAGGACGCGGUGGAGGUGAAACUGGUGGAGCUGACACGUACCCACGAAGUGCUGCAGACGCACGCGGCCCGUCUGGCCGACAAGUUGAGGGCGAGCAUGGAGAACGAAGCGGCGCUCGUUGAACAGACGGUGGGGCUUCAAAGCCAAAUUGCCUACCUCGUGCAGCAAUCGACCGCGUCCGCCUCCGCUACAGAGGAUGGCGAAACUGAAUCCGCUGGGACUGCACACACGCCGCCGAACCAACUUUCUGCGCUCUUCACCACGCUCUCCGAGACCGUUCAAAAGUUAGAGGAAGAGGUGCGUGCGCUGCAUUCCGCGCGCGACGGUGCGACAACCUCCGUCGAUGAUGAGGAGAAGAAAACGAAGAAGGACGAAGAGGGCGGCGACGCGGCUCUGCUGGAGUCGCUGAGUCGUUCGGGUAUGAUGAGCGUGGUCCGCGUGCUGAAGGAAGCGCUGCAGAAGGCGGGUCUGCUGAAGGCCUCGCUGGCAGGCACCGUUGGUGCUCAAGCGGUUGCGUUGUGUGGCGCCGCUGCCCCGGUGGAGGCGGAGGACGCUUUGGGCAGUGCAUCCGUGAUUCCGCCACCAUCCUUGGCAACGCAGCGACAAGCGCAGGCGUACACGGCAGCGCAGCACGCGGCGAAGCUGGCGCAGUACACCGCGGAGCGUCAGCAGAUGCGGGAGCGCCUGCAGCGGGCGGAGCAAAAAGCUAGCGAGAUGGAGGCGGCCAAUCAGCGUUUGCUGGCCAUUUCGAAGUCUGUCCUGGCGAAGCAGAACGCACUGAGCACAGAAAACGAACGGCUUCGUGCGCGGGUGCGAGAACUGACGGCGCCACCUGCGCCAUCAGACGUUGCUGCUGGCGAAGGGGUGGUGCAGGGGGACAGCGCGUCGAAGGCCUCUCCGCAUGUCCCGACGGACACGGCUCCGACUGCGCUGCCCGGUGACAUCGCCGAUCGCACUUCGACUGAUGACACCCUUGCGGAUGAGGAGGAAGAGGUGGGGGAGCACGCAGCCGCUCCCACGACAUCUGUUGAGGUGCCGGGGCAUCAAAGUCUCGCUGAAGACGUUGAGAGCACGCCGGAGCAAGCCAGCGUCGCGGAGUCUACUGUGGAGGUAUCGGACGCCGCCGUUGUUGCUGCAGAGGAGAAGAACGAGGAAGCGCCGGUGGACCAAGCGGCUCCGCAACCGCCCGAGAACGAGGAUGACGUACCAAUGUCUUAA